AUGCUGCCGUCCACUGGCCAGCAGCUGGACGACAUUGAUCUGGCGCUGGCCAACGUCGCUGGCGAUGACUUCUCGUUUUGGGCAUUGCAACACUUUGAGAACAAUGUCUCGCCCACCAUGAACCUCAGCGAGGAGAUCCCCAUGCCCACCGACAGAUCUACCCGGACCUUCGAGGACCACCUGGAGAUGGCCGAAGCCCCCGUGCCACAACUGCCAGUUGGGUGGCUACCAGUGCAAGCGCAUCCCAGAGGCAAGCACCCUUAUCCCAAUGAUGAGGAGAAGGAGAUGCUCCAGAAGCAGACCGGCCUCAGCAAGACCCAGAUCACAAACUGGCUCGCCAACACCCGACGCAGGAACAAGAACGCCGUCAGCCAAAGGUCGACGUCGCCCGGUGUGCGGAGUUGGGCGAACCCCAUCGACAUCCCCCAGAGACGGAGAACCCCGGGAUCGCUCGAGCACAUGAAUCCGCUGCAGCGUUGGCAACACUCUCCCCCCGAGAACGAACCCGCGUCUGUGACGGCUAUUGCUCGCGCCGUCAACUCCGCCUCAAGCGUCUCCUCCGGUCUCAACAGCCCCUACAGCGCAAACUUCACUGACGACGGCUCUGGCCGCUCGCUCUGCGAUUCCAACAUCAGCAGUGCCAACACAUCGCGCUCACAGUCGAGUGCGUCGGCCUACUCCUACGGAUCUCGCGGCUCAUUUGGCUCCGGAAGCUCGAUUCCCCGCGGACGCAGGCGGAGGAGAAGAAAGGCCCCAGCCGCCACAACCACCACCCACACUGGCCCGGCCAAGACCUUCCAGUGUACUUUCUGCACCGAAACUUUCAGAACCAAGCACGACUGGCAGCGUCACGAGAAGUCGCUACAUUUGUCACUUGAGCGAUGGGUGUGCUCCCCCAACGGUGCGCAGGCCUUCAACCCUGAGAACGGGCAAAUGUCGUGCGUCUUCUGUGGGGACCCGAACCCGGAUGAAGCACACAUCGACAGCCACAACUACUCGGCCUGUCAAGAGCGGACCAUAGGAGAGCGCACUUUCUAUCGCAAGGACCACUUACGCCAGCACCUGAAGCUGGUCCACGGCACCAACUUCACCGGAUGGUCCAUGGAACAGUGGAAAGCCACGACUCCCGAGAUCCGAUCCCGCUGCGGUUUCUGCGGCACCGUCAUGGAUACCUGGUCCAUCCGUAUCGACCACCUCGCCGCCCACUUCAAGGAGGGUAAAUCCAUGAAGGAUUGGAAGGGUGGCUGGGGUUUCGACAGUCCCGUGCUCGACAUGGUCGAGAAUUCCAUUCCUCCCUAUCUCAUUCACGACGAAAGAAACUCGCCAAAUCCUUACGAAGCAUCACAACCCUCGACAGCUUCGGCACGACAUGCCUUCGAGCUCAUCAAAUCAGAAUUGGCAUUCUACGUUGAUGACUGGUGUGAGAGGGAGGGCAAGCCUCCCUCGGAUGAGGAACUGCAGCGCGCUGCGUGCACUCUGAUAUACGACGCAGAAGAUGUUCCAGGCGCCACCGAAAGCCCCAAAGUCUCAUGGCUGCGGGAUUUGAUAUUCUCGUCUGAUCGCCUGGCACAAGAGGCGAGGUGGACCAGGGUCAAGGGGAUCGACUGCUGGCAGCAGCUCAGAAUCAACGGCAAGACCAACAUUUUCGAGCUUGAUCCAAUGGAGGCCGAGCUCCACGACUACGUCAAGGCGAGGCGUCUGCUGGGCUUGACCGCCAUGGAUAGUGAGCUGCAGGCUGAAGCCUGCAAAAUCAUCCGCCACAUGGAUGAUAAUUCCCGCGAAUCAUCCAACCACGUUGUCCAACUCUUGCUUCGCCUAGCCUCGAGCUCGACUGAAUGGCUGGCCGAUUUUCGGCAGCGGGCUCAUCUGCCGCGGUCUGAAGACCUCGCCGACCCAGGAAAGCGAUCCAAGGACCCGUCCACUAUUGACUCGACGGUCCACAACUUCAGUCGGCUCGAGUCUGAGCUCGCCGAGUACGUACGCGUGCAGAGGACGCUUGGUGUGGAACCCACCGAUGCCGACUUGCAAAAGCAGGCUCGUAUGAUCAUUUACGAGUUGGACGACGCCUGGAACCAGACUGCCGCCGACGAUCCAAUCUGGCUGGCAGCCUUCAAGCAGCGGCACGUGGCUGGUUCCACCGCCGGUGACCUGUUGGGCAAUGCCCCGCUACCCAUUGCUACGACGGCAGAGUUGUGGUGGCCGUCCGUUGCUCAAGGGGGUUCCUCCGGUUUACGCACCCCGUCCCCUUUUUCUAGUGGCAGUGGUAGCCGUAGCGGCAGUGGUAGCGGCGCAUCUCACAAACCCAUCCACAAGCCUGCUAGCCGCACCUUCUACCUCAACGACGCCAACUGCUACCAGCGCCUGGCACGCGAGCUCAAGAAAUGGAUCGCGUCGACCAUGUCGCCCAACAACCCCAACUGCCACGUCCCCAGCGACGAGGAACUCCAACACCAAGCUCGAUGGAUCGUCUACGAAGACGACGAUCCCUGGAACCAAACUGCGGCCGACAAUUUCGAAUGGCUCCGCCGCUUCAAGCGCGACGCCGGUCUCCUCACCGACCCCACCCUUCCAGGCCUCCCCAACACCCUCGCCUGGAACAUGGCCCAGGGCGGAUCGGGCUUCUCCCCGCCCUAUCUCUGCCCUCGCUCAGCUACAGCCAACCAACUCACCCCCUUCCCCACCAUCGCCACCACCACUUCCACCACCACCACCACCACAACUACCACCAACUCCACCCCAUCAGGCUUAGUAAACAUCACCAUCCGCGAAGGCGGCAAGCCCAUCCCCGCCGCCGGCGCCACCGCCAACCGCUUCGUGCGCGGGCUCGGCGAUCCCACGCGCCACGACCCGCCGGCCUCUGUAUUCUGCUCGCGCGAGCUGGAGAACGCCCUCGCCGACUUUGUCACCGGCGCCGUGCUGGCCGGGGGCGGGGGCGCGGCCGCCUUCCCCUCAGACGAGGCGCUGCGCGAGCGGGCGCGUCAGUUCCUGGGUGGGGCUGUGCUGAAGACGCCCGCGGAUGAUAAGGUCUUGUUAGGGCGGUUUGGCGAGGUCAUGAGGAGAAGGUUGGGGUUGUUGCCGUUGGGGGGCCAGGGGGGCCAGGGGGGGCAGGGGCUGGGAGGAGAGCAGCAGCAGCAGCAACAUCAGCAACAGCAGCAGGGUUUGGGUUUGGAUGGGGGGUUGGGGUUGGGGUUUGGGAUGGGAGCUGCGACGGCUUUCGACGGGUGGGAUGGACUUCUCGGCGCCGUCGGAGAUGAAUGCCAUGGAUGCUGA